GGCUUUAUUCAAACCAAUUAUCAGAAGCGGAAGUUUUCGUACCUAAAAGAGUGUCAGCUAAUGGUACCCACCUUUCGCACAACGUAACUACAUUUCACAACGAACACGACGGGCCCUUGCACUUCAACGUCACCAUUUCAAACCAAGACUAUUUCCUGGUUUUACACCCGGCAACGCAUUUCAUCACAAAGCACACCGUCAUUGAGAGGUACAAACGAAAUAUUUAUACGAGAACCAAACCGAAACCAGAAUCUAUUCUUUGCCACUAUCAUGGUACAAUUCAUGGACAUCCCGAUUCCAAGGUGUCCCUAUCAACGUGCAAUGGAUUAGUAGGAAUAAUACAUAAAAAAUCGGAGAAAUACUGGCUAGAGCCCCACCACCACGAUUUGCCAAUAACAGAACCCGGACACAAGCACUUGAUCUUCAAAAGAUCGGCGGUCUUAACACCUCACGCAAACAAAAGGCGAAAGAAGAAAAAAAGAAAGCAUUUACAAAACUGCGGAACGCGCGAGCCCAGGAAGUCAUCACAGAUCGCAUGGCAGCAAGAAAUCGGAAAGGUAUCCAUACAAGAAAAACGCAUUAAAAGACGAGACCACAAGAAAAGAAAAUUUAGGCGUAGAAAUGGAAGAGCUGUACGAUCAAUUAGUUCACGUAGAUUUGUUGAAACUCUUUUAGUUGCAGAUCAAUCAAUGAUGGAUUUCCACGAAGACGGAGAUGUGGAGACCUACCUCCUAACCAUUAUGAAUAUGGUUUCCUCUCUUUAUUUAGAUCCAAGUAUUGGCAACUCCAUUAACGUUGUUGUUGUGAGAAUUAUUCUUUUGGACGAUCCAAUAUCCGAAAAAGAUCUAAAUGUAACUAUUAACGCCGAUGUAACAUUAAAGAAUUUCUGCAAGUGGCAAAAGAAACUGAAUCCAGUCGACGACAACGACCCGUAUCAUCACGAUGUUGCCAUUUUGGUCACAAGAAAGGAUAUAUGUGCGCGAAAAGAUACUCCUUGUAAUACGCUAGGUGUUGCUCAUAUUGGCGGAAUGUGCAACUCAAACAGGAGUUGCAGCGUAAACGAGGAUAAUGGAAUAACUCUAGCUCACACAAUCUCGCACGAAAUGGGUCACAAUUUUGGGAUGUACCAUGAUACAGAUAAAAUAGGCUGCAGUAAUAAAGAAGGGAACAAAUUGCACGUUAUGACACCCAGUUUCGAAGCGGAUACGAUCGGAGUAAGUUGGUCGAGGUGCAGCAGGCGCGAAGUUACCAUAUUUCUGGAUAAAGGCUUAGGAGAAUGUUUGCAAGAUGAGCCUGGAGAGGUAGAAGAUUACCAUUAUCCGGAACUACCGGCAGGUGCUAUGUACAACGCUGAACUACAAUGUCGACUGCAGUUUGGUUUGGAUGCCAAGGUGUGCUCGCAGCCUGUUGAAAUAUGUUCCCGCUUGUGGUGCGAAGUAAACAUGACUUGCAAGUCUCAGUUACGCCCCGCAGCCCCUGGAACACAGUGUGGCAAACACAAGUGGUGUCAAGAUCAAAAAUGCGUUCCGAUUGUUGAACCGCCGCUUGCAAUUGACGGUGGAUGGGGCGAAUGGAGCGAAUGGAGCGAGUGCUCGCGCACAUGUGGAACGGGUGUUUCCAUCAUGAAGAGAAGCUGCGAUCAUCCCGCUCCGACAUCUGGAGGACACUUUUGUAUUGGAGAACGUAGUCGAUAUAAAAUUUGUAAUACAGACCCAUGUCCUGACAACCAACCAUCCUUCCGAGAAACUCAGUGCUCGAGCUAUAAUAACCAUACGUAUCAAGGGCAGUUUUACACUUGGACACCUUACUUUGACAAAGAUGAGCCUUGCGAACUUUACUGCAGCGACUCCAAUGAAACGAUGAUAAUCCCGUGGGGCGAGCACGCACUAGACGGCACCGCCUGCAAUUUAGGAAAACGAGACGUUUGCAUAUCAGGAAUUUGUAGAAAAGUAGGUUGCGAUUGGGUAGUAGAUUCUAACGCCGAGGAAGAUAUAUGUGGGAUUUGUCAUGGAGACAGCUCAAAAUGUGAUACAAUCCAGGGGACUUAUACCAAACAAAGUCCUGAAGCAGGAUAUAGAGAGGUCGUAACAAUACCUACAGAAGCGCGUAACAUUCACAUUGCCGAAGUAAACAGUACCGAAAAUUUUAUAGCGAUCGGCAGUUCGCUGUCGAAGACAUUUUAUUUAAAUGGAAAGAGGCACAUUACUUUAGCAGGUGAAUAUACGAUAGCAGGGAUACAGGCUUUAUACGAAAGGGAGAAGGAAUUGGAAAAAAUACGAAUACCCGGACCACUGAAGGAACCUAUAUUGAUUUAUGUGUACUUUCGUGGAAAAACCCAUAAUCCUGGGAUAACCUAUCAAUAUACAAUAUCGAAACGUGAACCGAAAAUGGUUCAAUAUCUGUGGAUUUUAAGCGAUUGGUCGCAAUGUUCCGCUACAUGUGGCGGCGGAACGCAAUUCCGUCGACCUUUAUGUCAGGAAUCGAUUGCUGCCGUAAUGCCUUCUGUUAUCGACGGAACGGCAACUCUUGUUGAGGAAAGCUGGUGCGAGAACAGCAAUCGUCCAGAGCAACUGAUGAGAACCUGUAAUAUGGAGAAUUGUCCGUCGCAUUGGUGGAUAGGUCCCUGGCAAUCUUGUCCUGUAACGUGUGCCGAUAAGGGUGAAAAGCCGAUGCGCCGACGUAGCGUGAUGUGCGUGGAUGUGAGUGAGAUGGCCCUACCUGAUCAAUACUGUGACAAAGCAACACGCCCUAAAGAGUAUGAACCUUGUAGAGCCCUGCCAUUAUGCUUGGAAGACUAAUGCUAACAUUAUUUCUUCCUUCUGGAGGGAAUACUAAAGUGUACCGCAUUUAUUACGCAUAUUAAUAGACUAGAAUUAAAAGUUAAAAUUAUAUACGAUAUGAUACUGUUACUUAAAUAAAAAAAUACUCAACUAAAA